AUGUUGAUCAGGAUCAGAUCGAAAGACGGCAACUUUCGUUAUGACUUCUCCCCAGAUGAUGACAUUUCCAAAUUGUUGGAAAAGAUUUUAGAGACAUCAACCGAUCCCGAUGUUUCCAGUAUAACAAUAUCAAAUCAACCUCGAGGAAAUGAAGUCAAGAUCUCUGCUUUGAAGGGCCAGACGUUGAAAAAAUUGGGUCUCAACCAUGGCGAUCUUGUCUUUGUAUCGUACAAACCGAAAUCGGAAAGCAAUGAUGCUACGCCCGCUCCCUCUACGUCAGCUGCGACGUCGAGUACGGGCGCCGCAAAAGAAAGUGCGAAACGUCCCUGGGAGCUCGUGCAAGAGGAUCCUGUGGAUACCUACUGGAGAUCUACAUCAGGCAAAAUUCCCCGGCAGCGAGAUUCACGAUUCUGCAAACACGCAUUGAACGGGAUGUGUGAUUAUUGCAUGCCCUUGGAACCUUACGAUGCCGCAUACCACAAGGAACACUCUAUUAAGCAUCUAUCGUAUCAUGCAUAUUUGCAGAAGAUUACGCCAAAACCAUCGGCAUCCGCUGCAUCCCAAUUGCCUCCUUUGAACCCACUUUCGUACAAAGUCAAAGUGCCAUGUCCGACUGCCACACAUCCUCCGUGGCCCGCAGGCAUCUGUACUGCGUGCCAACCUUCUUCGAUAACCCUGCAGUCGCAGCCGUUUCGAAUGGUUGAUCACCUGGAGAUAGCGUCAUUGGAGAUCAUCGAUCGGUUCCUUCAAGCGUGGAGAAAGACUGGUCUUCAGCGCUUUGGAUGGUUGAUAGGUCGCUAUGAACCAUAUGACAAGGUUCCGAUGGGCGUCAAGGCCGUAGUGGAAGCUAUCUACGAACCACCUCAGCAAGGAGAAAUUGAUGGACUGACUCUGGGCUGGCCAUGGGAGGAAGAAACACGUAUUCGUCAACUAGCAAGUGAGGCGUCGACGCCUCUCUCAGUCGUCGGAUACAUCUUCACGGACUUGGAUCCAACUCCCGAGGAUCGUACCAAGAACGUGUAUAAGCGGCACCCCCAAUCAUUCUACCUGUCAUCUUUGGAGGCUAUUUUUGCGGCGACUGUGCAGAAGAGCAACCCGACGGCCAGUAAAUCGUCUCCCACUGGACAGUACGCGUCACGACUUGUUACGGCUGUCCUAACAGCCACUGAGGAUGGGCAAGUCGACGUGUCUGCGUAUCAAGUCUCUGAGCAAGCUGUGGCUAUGGUUGAGGCGGAUAUGAUUGAGGCAAGCGUAGACCCAGGCAUCGUUCGUGUGAAGGAAGAAGACAGGACGAACGAUUCAGCAAGAUACGUUCCUGAUGUUUUCUUCUCGUACCGGAACGAGUACAACCUUGAAGUGAAGAAAAGCGCCAAACCUUGUUUCCCGGUUGAAUAUCUUUUGGUGAAUGUUACGCAUGGUUUCCCACAAAACCCGUCACCGAUCUUCCAGUCUACUGCAUUUGCCAUUGAAAACAGACCUGGAUUGGAAAACCAAAGUCUCGAGACUGCCAUGUCGGCGCUUAACAGACUGGAAGCGCCAUCAUUGUAUCCAGGAAGCGAAAGCUAUAAAAAGAUCGAACUGGCGAAAUGGCUGAGCGACUGGCACUUUGUCGCGUUCCUGCAAACCACUCAAUUGUUUUCCAAUGAUGAUAUUAAGGUUUUAAUGCGUACUAUCACGUCACCUACACUCCUGGAGGACGCCAAGAAUAUCGAUCCUGUUUUGGAGACUGAAGGAUGGCAUACCUUGAUGACGUUCACCCGGGAAAGUGCUCCUGCUCGACGGAGUAGUUCUGGUCCCAGCGCAAGUGGUGCCGACAGAAUGGACGACGACGAUAUCCCCCCGGAAGUGUACGACCAGAUCGCAGCAGACGAUGCGGCACGCGCGGCAGCAGCAGCAGCUGCAUCCGGCGACUCAAGUGCAGGCGGGUCGUCGAAUAUUCAGAUUUGCCCGCAUUGCACGUUCGAAAACGACCAUGGCGGGGACUGUGAUGUCUGUGGACUGCCUCUAGCGUGA